UUGAGUUUGCUCCAACCUGAGGAGCAAGCUUCCCGUACUAUGGGAGCUUAAACGGUGGUCGAGGGGGCCGAAAUUCACACACUGAGAGGGUUUCAGCGCACCGGGACGAAGAGGAUAUAUACCAACACCGAGGGUCGACGCAUUCGUUAAGGAGUUUAUUACGUUGAGCCUGAAAAACAGCGAGAAAAUAUGCGGAUAACGGAUAGUUGCUCAGGUUUUCCAAAUCCCUCAGCGCAGCGGACAACAGCAGAAACAACAACCGUGUUACUGACCGCUGCUGUUAAAAAGGAUGCUUUUUACUCCGAAACCUUCUCCGUGUAGCGUUUUUUCCCCCCGUGGCAUAUGAACAUUUAGCAACGAAAAGCUCAAGGUUUAAAAGCUUUAAAUCACACCAGCAGUGUAUUUGGACAGUCAGCUGAAUGUUUACACUUUAAAAUGGCUGCGGACGGGAUCAGAAUAAGACCGUUGAAUAAUGUGAUGCUUUAAAGCUGGAAAUAUCUCGUCACAUGAUUUAUGGUAAUGCUCUGGAAGGAGAGAUUUUUUUCAGUGUUAUGGGGAAUUAUUUUCCAGCUUUGUAACUGCAGGAGGUAACGUAGGAAAUUCCUGCCCUUGUUCAGAAACAAUGAGGCGAGAAAGAUGAUUUAAUAUGUCUGUGUUUAUGCUCCUUUUAUCAUAUCACACUCGGAUCUGGAGUUUUUCCGUCAAACGACUGCCUGAAUUUCCAUGAUCUGUAAGUGAACGGAUCCCCCUGCUGUUUUAAUUGAAAUAAUCUGGGCUCCAGUAAGCAGGAAAGAAAGGCCCUGAGUUACUGAUACCCAAUCACCAACAGCAGCAGCACCCAUAAACCAUGAAUGCUGGGAAGAGGAUGCUCAGACCUGAACUGUUUCUGGUCAGACACGACAGACAGAGACUGCAGGGCAUGCAGAGAUAUUUCUGGCUGUGUGUGAUGUUCUCCCUGGUGCUGAUUUCAGACGGCUCUCCAUCUAAACCCUGCGAGAAGAGCUGUCUGUCAGGCAGGUGUGUGAACGGAUCUUGUGUCUGUGAUCGUGGAUGGGUUGGGGACCAGUGUCAACACUGCCAGGGAAGAUUCAAGUUGACUGAGCCGUCUGGGUACCUAACGGAUGGCCCCAUUAACUACAAGUACAAAACCAAGUGCACCUGGCUGAUUGAGGGCUACCCAAACGCAGUCCUGAGGUUACGAUUUAACCAUUUUGCGACCGAAUGUAGCUGGGACCACAUGUACGUCUAUGACGGAGACUCGAUUUAUGCUCCCUUAGUAGCCGUCUUCAGUGGUCUUAUUGUCCCUGAAGUGAAAGGGAAUGAGACUGUCCCUGAAGUGGAGACCAACUCAGGCUACGCACUUCUGCACUUUUUUAGCGACGCUGCCUACAACCUGACAGGAUUUGAAAUCUUCUACUCAAUCAACUCAUGCCCAAAUAACUGCUCUGGCCACGGGAAGUGCACCUCGGGUAACUCGAUAGCGAGCCGUGUAUAUUGUGAAUGUGAUAAGUACUGGAAGGGUGAGGCCUGUGACAUCCCGUACUGCAGGAACAACUGUGGCAGCCCUGAUCACGGCUACUGCGACCUCACCGGGGAAAAGCUCUGCGUGUGCAAUGACAGCUGGCAAGGUCCAGACUGCUCACUAACCAUGCCCUCCACCGAGUCUUACUGGAUCAUGCCCACAAUGAAGCCUUUUGGAGCAUCGCUGGGUAGAGCAUCCCAUAAGGCGGUGGUGCAGGAAAAGGUCAUGUGGGUUGUUGGUGGCUACACCUUUAACUACAGCAACUUUCAGAUGGUUCUAAAUUAUAAUUUGGAAAGUGGCAUCUGGAACACUGUGCCCAUCAGCAGCGGACCCCUGCCGAGACACGGACACUCCUUGGCACUAGAUCGGAAUGAGAUCUACAUGUUUGGAGGCAAGUUGGAGAUGGGUGCCAGUAACAUAACAGAUGAACUGUGGGUGUUUAACAUACCCAAAAUGACAUGGUCACAGAAGUCCCCCAGUGUGCCAGCCCACGGCCAGAUCUACGCUGUGGAAGGCCACUCCGCACAUAUAGUAGAGCUGGAUAACGGUGAUGUGGUGAUGGUUGUCAUCUUCGGCUACUCCUCCAUCUACAGCUACAUCAGCAAUGUUCAGGAGUACAACAUCCGAACAAACACAUGGCUGGUGCCAGAGACCAGAGGAGCGAUCGCUCAGGGUGGGUACGGACACAGUAGCGUGUAUGACAGCAGCAGCAAGAGUGUGUAUGUGCACGGGGGCUACAAAUCACUUCCAGCAAACAAAUACGGCCUGGUGGAUGAUCUUUACCGCUAUGAGGUUCUGACCCGCACAUGGACGAUUCUUAGGGAAAGUGGUUACCCUCGUUACCUGCAUUCGUCUGUGCUGCUGGGAGGAAUGUUGCUCAUCUUUGGAGGAAAUACCCAUAAUGACACCUCUCUUAGCAAUGGAGCCAAGUGCUUCUCUGCUGACUUCCUCGCCUAUGACAUUGCGUGUGAUGAGUGGAAGGUCCUUCCCAAACCAAACUUGCACAGAGACGUGAAUCGCUUUGGACAUACAGCAGUAACCAGUAAUGGGUCCAUGUAUGUGUUUGGCGGUUUCUCCGGUGUCCUUCUGAAUGAUGUACUAAUCUACAGGCCACCCAGCUGUGAGGCUUUCCUGGGGCAGGAGCGCUGUGAAGCCGCAGGCCCUGGUGUGCGUUGCGUUUGGAAAGGGGGCCGCUGCAUGUCCUGGGAGCCCAGCUUCACUAACAGAGCUACACCUGCUCCAUUCUGCCCUGCCAAAGCUGCCACGGUGGAUGAGAGAUGUUACCGUUUCUCAGACUGCACCAGCUGUACUGCCAACACUAAUGGAUGUCAGUGGUGCGACAGCAAGAAAUGCAUCUCCGCUCUCAGUAACUGCAGUGCUACUGUAAAGAAUUUCACCAAAUGUCCAAUCAGAAAUGAGCAGAUUUGCAGUAAGAUGGCCAACUGCAAGAGCUGCUCCCUCAACCUCAGCUGCCAAUGGGAUCCUCAACAGCAGGAAUGCCACACCCUUCCUGCCCAGCUGUGUGGAGAUGGCUGGAGCAAUGUCGGGGAGGCCUGUCUGCAGAUCAACUCCAGCAGGGAGAGCUAUGACAAUGCUCAGCACUACUGCAAGAACCUGGAGGGAAACAUCGCCUCGCUUACCACAGUAAAGCAGGUGGACUUUGUGCUGGAAGAACUGCAGAAGUACCAGCAGAUAGGGAAGAAACUGUCCCCCUGGGUUGGCCUGAGGAAGAUCAACGUGUCAUACUGGGGCUGGGAGGACAUGUCUUCAUUUACUAACACCUCUCUGCAGUGGCUACCCGGUGAGCCCAAUGAUUCAGGCUUCUGUGCUUACCUCGAGAAAGCUCAGAUCUCUGGCCUCAGGGCGAAUCCCUGCACUGCCAACACAGACGGCCUCAUCUGUGAGAAACCAGUUGUGAGCCCGAACCAGAACGCCCGCCCAUGUAAGACGCCCUGCUCCCUGCGCACCUCUUGUGAGAACUGCACCAGCCAGGCCAUGGAGUGCAUGUGGUGUGGAAGCACCAAACGCUGCGUGGACUCUAAUGCCUACGUCAUCUCCUUUCCCUACGGCCAGUGUCUGGAGUGGCAGACGGGAGACUGCGUGUCUCAGAACUGCUCUGGUUUGCGUACAUGUGGUCUGUGUCUGGAGCAGCCUGACUGUGGCUGGUGUGGGGACCCCAGUAACACCGGCCGAGGGCAGUGCAUAGAGGGUUCAUAUCGUGGACCCAUGAAGAGCAACUCCAGACACAGUCAAGACAUGGUGCUGGAGACGGGGCUCUGCCCAAAAGAACGGGGCUUUGAAUGGGCCUUCAUUCAGUGCCCUGCAUGCCAGUGCAAUGGCCACAGCACGUGUGUGAAUGGCAGCGUGUGCGAGCAGUGUCGUAACCUCACCACUGGCCUCCACUGCGAAACAUGCUUGGCCGGGUACCAUGGAGACCCAACCAAUGGCGGAAAGUGCCAAGCCUGUAAAUGUAAUGGCCAUGCCAGCGUGUGCCAGGUGCUGACGGGCAAGUGCUUUUGCACCACCAAGGGUAUCAAAGGUGACCAAUGCCAGCUUUGUGACUCAGAAAACCGUUACCUUGGCAACCCCCUCCGAGGAACCUGUUACUAUAACUUGCUGAUUGAUUACCAGUUCACCUUCAGUCUGCUUCAAGAAGAUGACCAGCACUACACUGCCAUUAACUUCAUGGCCACUCCUGAACAGACCAGCAAGAACUUGGACAUGUCAAUCAAUGCAUCAAACAAUUUCAAUCUGAACAUCACUUGGUCAGUGGGGUCAACAGCUGGGACCAUCUCUGGGGAAGAGAUCCCCAUCAUGUCCAAAACUAACAUCAAGGAGUACAGAGACAGUUUCUCUUGUGAGAAAUUCAGUUUUCACAGUAAUCCUAACAUCACUUUCUAUGUAUACAUCAGCAACUUCUCAUGGCCAAUCAAAAUACAGAUUGCCUUCUCUCAGCACAACAGCAUUAUGGACCUGGUGCAGUUCUUUGUGACGUUUUUCAGCUGUUUUCUGUCGCUGUUACUAGUAGCUGCAGUGGUGUGGAAGAUCAAACAGACCUGUUGGGCCUCCAGGCGACGAGAGCAACUGAUGAGGGAAAGGCAGCAGAUGGCCAGUCGUCCUUUUGCCUCAGUUGCGGUGACACUGGAUGUGGGCGGCACUCAAGUUGAACUGCUUCAGGGUGGAAUCGAGGGACCGCCCAAGCCAGUUGCCGUGGAACCCUGUUCAGGGGGUAAAGCUGCAGUGCUCACAGUGCUAAUGAGCCUCCCAAGAGUGGCAUCUGGUGUUCCUCCACCCGGCCAGUCAGGUAUAGCCAUCGCCAGCGCUCUUAUCGACACGCCCCAGCAGAAGCCCAUGGACUUCAAAGAGAAAAGCCAAGGCUGGAAGAACCGCAAAGCUCUGCCUCCCGCUCACCAGGGCACCUGUGUUUGAAUCGUCUGAGGCCUCGGCGGGCUGUCCUUUACCACAUCGACCUCCUCUCUUGUGCUGCUUCAGGCAGACGGAGGCCUAGAGCAGCCCCAUGUGAGGGGGGUGACAGAGUGCCCUAUAUUUCCACUGAACAUACACUUUAUCUCUCCACAUCAGUUGAAAAUAGAUCUCCUCCAUUUCAAACGACCUUGUUUUCACCAUCUGCUCAAGCUCAAACAUUACAAGCUCGACUUCAUCUGAACAAAUCGACAGGCUGCUUUUUGAUUCAGUUGUGCCCUUUCCCUACAGUGAUUUCUGUCUUCUCAAGGCCUUCUGAACAUUGAGGGUCUCUCUAAUGGUCUCCCAUCAGCUGUACACCAAGCACAGAUGUGCCUCUAGCAUAGUUUGUACAUUAUGGACCAGAGUGUCUUUCUAAGCCAGAAGUAGCGUUCUGGUAGUCUCGGGAUGGUUGCCAGUUUUGUGUACGGGUUGCUCACCUAUUUCUAUUCUCGCCAACUAGACUUCUGUUUUCCUAAAAAAUUUUUAACUAUUUUGACAUUUUAUUUAAGAGAUGGACUAUACAGUAGAAAUGUUUACCAUGGCGUGGAAGCUAUCUGUUGUGUAAGCUAAUGACGUUCUGCUGCUGAUAGUCUCAUGCUUGGUAAACUUGUGUUAGGAGUGGAUCACAUCUGUUUUUAGCUAGAUAGGUUUCACACAUUUAAUUCUUGCGCUCUUCUUGUGAAGACUUUGCAUGGACCACUCACACUAUGCUUGAAAAUUUGAAACAGUUUUUGGGUUACGUGUCACACGAAGAACUUCUUCAUGUCUUGAAAUAUUGCACAUGUUAGCUGCGCCAUAAUGUAGAGGAGACAGCUGGUGCGGGUGAAACCGAGUGUCAGUCGUAAAUCACAGAGAUAAGUCAUACUAUAGGAUGAAAUCGUGUCUCGCUGAACUGACAAACCUGGAGAAUUUACUUCAGCAGAUGCAUCACAACGGGUGUAUAGUAUUGUUAAGGAAAUGCUAGGGAACUUAUUUUUAUUGUCAUUUUGCAGCGGUACAGAUUUAAAUGAACAGUGACUCAUAACUUUGCAGUAAUGCUUCAUUUCUUUAUAAGGAACUUUUGUAUUCUUAAGUUUCACAUAUUGUGAACGUCAACAGAGGACGAUUUUGAGGAGACCAGCAGGUGAGGGUGUAUUUAGACUGUUUCUACAUUCAAGGAUUGAAGUCUUAAAGCAGUGAGAGCUUUCUGAGAGCAGGUUUACCAGGACUCACCAUACAACUGGAUCUGAAUCUUCUGAAAUCCUCAGCCUUGCUCUACCUGAUUAACGCAUCGUUAGGACCGAGCCUGAGCCCUUCGUGGGUAAAACAGGAUGUCCAGGUGACUGUGUUUUCCUCUGUGGCAACAGCAAAAAGUGUACAGCAAUCCUUAUCAUCACUCGUUUGCUUUAGAUGGAUUUGAACAUUUGAAUCUGUGAAUUGCUCUGUUUCUCGUCAUGUAGCUACUUCAAUGUUUUUGUUUGUAUUUUGCAUUUUGCUGGUAAUAAAGGAUAUUAAAAGGUCAAUAAGUAUUUUAGGUCCACCCUCUGUACAUGACGUUAAUGAGAAAUAAUCAUGUCUUUUACAAUGUUGAACUGUUUUUGUAUCUAAUUGAUUCCUGUGUAAUACCUCUGAUUUGAUUAAUUGACAAGUUACUCAUGUAACUAACUCUGUUCAUGUUGGUGUCUGUUUUUUUAGGGAUAGAUGUAAACAGAAGCUGCUUAUCUAGAUUAUUCUGGGCAUUUAGAACUUACUUUUCAGGUCACGCUGUGUAAUUUAGUUUUGGAGCUAUUUUGUAGAUUCACACAGGAAUUCUACAGACUGAUUACACAGGAAUCAUCUCACUGUACCUGAGAGGAAAAAAAAGACAGAUUCAUUCAUCCCUCAGUGCAUAUCAUUAAUCUUCAUUGUAUUUUACAGGUGAAUGGAAAAAUAAAACACUUGAAUAUUCAUAA